AUGAAUAAUAAAGUAGGAUCAUUGAAAGUUAAUGAAAAUUUGUACAAAUGUUCAGUAAUUUGGCUUGAUGCUUCAGCCAACAGUUCACAAGAGAAUAUUAACGCUCAAAAACAACUUCGAACAUCAACUAAUAAUUUAUUAAUAUUUGAAGAUGAUAAACAAUGUCUUCAACACAUUCAUUCUAUGUCAAAAAACGAUCGUAUUAUAUUAAUUGUUAGCGGAAGAUUAGGUCGAAUUAUUGUUCCAAAAAUUGCUCAACUUCAACAAAUUAUUUCAAUCUAUGUUUAUUGCCAAGACAAAAAAGCUAAUGAACAAUGGGCAAAACAAUUCUCUAAAGUAAAAGAUGUCAUUGUUCGAUUGGAUGAUUUAUUUGAUCAAAUUCAAUCUGAUCGAAAACAAAUAAAGCAUCAUAAAAUUGAUGAAGAAAUACCGAUAUGUGCAUUUAAUUCGAAUAUUUUAAUUGAAGAACAUUCUUCAACUGAAUUAAAUGGUCAAUUCAUACAUUUUCAACUAUUAAUUGAUUGUCUUAUUCGGAUGAAACCAUCAUUGAAUGAAAAACAAGAAUUUAUUAGUGAUUUAAAAGAAAAAUUUGAAAAAAAUUCUGAUAAUUUUAAAAUUGUGGAAGAAUUCGAACGUAAGUAUUCAUCUGAUCAAUCCAUAACAUGGUAUACGAGAGAAACAUUUCUUUAUAAAAUGUUGAACAAAGCACUUCGAGUUCAAGACAUUAAAUUAUUAUAUUUAUUUCGAUUUUUUAUUCGUGAUCUUGCACAACAACUAGAAAAAAAUAAAUGUUCAUCAAUUGUUCGUGUUUAUCGUGGUCAAAAAAUGUCAAAAAAAGAAAUCGAAAUGUUUCAAAAUUCUGUUGGUCAAUUUAUUUCCAUGAAUUCAUUUCUUUCGACAAGUCUUAAAUCAGAAAUAGCUGAAAAUUUUAUUUCUAAUAAUUCUUCUGAUGAUAAUAAAAAUGUUCUCUUCAAAAUUGAUGCAGAUUCUCGAUUGAAAAAUAUUAAAGCUUUCAGUAAUAUAACCACAUUUAAUGAUUACGAAGAAGAAGAAAUACUUUUCAUGAUUGGUUCAAUUUUUCAAGUUAUUGAAAUAAAACGUGAUAAUAAUAGAAUUUGGAAUAUUCGUUUAAGAUUAUGUUCUAAUAAUGAUGAGAAAUUACAAUCACUUUUUGAAUAUAUGAGAAAAAAACUCGGUAAUGGAGAAACAAAUUUAUAUAUUUUUGCAGGUGUCUUACACGAUAUGGGUAAAUUAGAUUAUGCUGAAAAAUAUUAUCGUUAUUAUUUAAAACAAUUACCUGAUAAACAUCCACAUAUUUCCGCAUGUUAUCAUGCUUUAGGAAUCGUUACAAGUGAGAAAAAAGAUUUUAAAUCGAGUCUGACAUGGUACAACAAAUUGCUCGAGAUUAUUAAUCGAAUAUUGGAAAACGAUGAUGCAAAUAUUGCUAACAUUUACAAUAGUAGUGCUAUUGUUUAUCAAGAGAUAGGUGAUCAUAAUCAAGCAAUUGAAUCGUACAAGAAAGCAUUGAUUAUUUGGAAGAAAACAUAUGGUGAAGAACAUCCAGAUGUAGCUAUGUGUCUUAGUAAUUUGGGUAAUGUCUAUCAGGAUCAAAAAAAAUAUUCGAAAGCAUUAGAAUGUCAUCAAAAAGCAUUGACUAUUCAUCAGAAUCAUCUUCCUGUUCAUCAUCCUCAUAUUGGUACAUCACACAAUAAUAUUGGUAAUAGUUAUGUUUGUCUCGAUCAAUAUGAUUUGGCAUUAAAACAUUAUACUUCAUCACUGAAAAUUUAUGAAAAAUCUCUUCCUCCUUCUCAUCUUCAUUUUGCCAUGACAUAUGAAAAUAUAGGUCUUAUUUAUGAACAUCUAGAUGAUUUUGAAAAAGCAUUAUUCAAUUUUAAAAAAGCAUCGAAAAUCUUUUCUGAUUCGUUGCCUGCUACAAAUCCUAAUGUGAUUCGAAUUGAACAAAAUGUUGAUCGUAUAUCAUCGAAAUUAACAAGUACUUAUUUUUGA